AUGUACGAAGGGAUUGAAAAUCUGAAAUCCCUUUACGACCGUGCCGGGAAGACUUUCUCCGGCGGUCCUUCUGCGGCACAGGAUGUGCCGCGUCGUACUGCUCAACCAGACCCAGUACGUCGAUCAUCAGUUGGGAGCGGGGCUCCCAAGAACCCCAGGACGGGGGAUAGCCGCGCCACCGGACGAGAUAACUCGUCCAACGUCCAUUCACGUCGCGGUGGUUCAACAGCUGCUCAACUAGAUAGCGCUGGCCACCGCGAGAGUCCUCUAAUGGAGGUGGAGGAGGAGGAAAGACGCUCUCCACACGAUCAUGUGGAUCGGUGUGUUCCUGAGAGCUUCUUUGAUCGCGUAACGCAAGGGUUACGCAACGAUCUCGAACAUGAGCGGGACAGGCGUCUCCAAAUGGCGGACACUGUCUCGAAGCAUCGAGCUGAGUUUGCCUUUGCUCAGCUUGAGAACGAGAGAUCUCUGACAUCUCUUCGUGACGAGCUAAGGGUAGCUCGUGGGAUUGUUGAUCGGUCUCGGGAUGAGAUAACUGCUCUUCAGACCCUUGUCGAUGCCCACCAUCGGGAGCACAAGGCUCUCUGUGAGAUGCUUGAGUGCAAGGGCGUUCUUUAUCGGAAGAAGCAGCGUACUGAUGGUACGGCUUAA